AAGAUGCAAAAAAAUACGUUAGUGCUAAGCAGUUAGCUAGCUAACUCCAGUUAACGUUUGUGCUCGGGCAUGUUUAAAAAUAAUAUUGUUGCCGCUGUUUUGCAAGUUUAAGCUCCAUAAAUCUUCAUAUUAUCUUAAAUUAUACCGCGGCCGUUGAUGUAUUACACUGAAUUGUACUCUGUUUAACGGCAUGAGUCUGUUUAACGGCAGUUAAAGCUAACAAUGCUAACUUAACUGUUAGCAGAAUAGCAGCUAGGCCUUUAACCGUUUCAUCCGUAGUUUUUUUGUACGUUACUUGUUACAGCUGGCCCCUCCACUGCCUGUCACCAUGCCCGCCCUGCUGGAGAGACCCAAGCUCUCCAACGCGAUGGCCAGAGCCCUCCACAAACACAUCAUGAGGGAGAGGGAGCGCAAGAGACAAGUUGCCCGUAGGCUGGUUCUGUCAGCACGCACUGAGUCAGACAACCACGGAGCUGGAGGGGUCGGGCGAGCCUGCCGAGAGGUGAGAGGACACAGAGAGUCCAGAGAAGACGACAAAGUAAAGAGGAGAGUGUCCGUGGCAGAGUCGGGAGGCAUGAGUGAGAAUGAGUCAGAGGAGGAAGAGGUGGAUAAAAUGAUGGAGCAGAAGAUGAAGGAGGAGGAAGAGCGAAAGAGGACAAAAGAAAUAGAGGAGAGGAUGUCUUUGGAGGAAACCAAAGAGCAGGUAAUGAAGAUGGGAGAAAAGCUUCAGGGACUCCAAGAAGAGAAACACCAGCUCUUCUUACAGCUCAAAAAAGUACUUCAUGAAGAGGAAAAGAGGCGCAGAAAGGAGCAGAGGUAUGAUAUCACAACAUUGACGUCAGCCAGCUACCAAUCCAGCCUGCCCAUGCAUGCAGGGCAACACCUCCUCAGCAUUCAAGGCAGCCCAGUCAGCCACAGUCGACCUGGUGCGCUGCUUGGAGAACGUAGCAAACAGCUGUUCCCAGCUGCUGUGAUUCCAGCACGUCACUAUCAGACGCCUGGGUUCAGCUCGGGCUCAGCAGAGCACGGACAGUUCAGCGGGGGCCAGGGGGUCCAUGAGCCCUAUGGGGUGGCUCAGGCCCAGCAUCCCUCCACCUAUGCCCCUGGACCAUCUGUACCUGUCAGUUUUGCAAGCAGCUCUCAGAUCAGAGGUGCGUCUGCGUUUCAGGCCAUGCAGUACCUCCCCCACCAGCAGCCUGGCUACCCCGUCCACAGUCACUUCACCUCCCAGCCUGGAUACAUUCCUGGAGCAGGAAUACCCCUCCAGAAGCAGCUGGAACAUGCCAACCAACAGUCAGGCUUUACUGAUGCAGGUGCUUUAAGGCCCAUGCAUCCACCAGCCAUGCAUCCAGCUGCUCCAGGACUGCUGCCCACACCAUCGAUGGCGGUCCAGAUUCCCACUGCAAAGUCCCCAUUCCAGAGCUCUCCCCAGGGUGCUCCUCGCCACAGCUUCCUCCCCCACAGCCAGAGCGGGCAGAGGUUCUACCACCAUGGCAAGUAACUCACAGCCACCUUCACCGUCGCCGAGAUUUCACAGCUUAAGAUUCUGGAGAACAUUCUGGACGAGGAAUGGAUCAACUUCUUCAAACAAAGUCAUUAGGCUGGAUUAUGGCAUAUGAUUUUAUUUUUUAUUUCCUGUAUAGCAUCUUGUUUUGACUCGGUUGAUGAGUUAUCUGCAGUCAUGCUUAUGUGCUUUUGUAAACAGCCAACUUGGAUUUUUACUUAACUUCAAAUGAUGUUAAUUUGUAAAAUAGAUUAUUAUUUUAGCUACACUCUAAAGUCAUUCUGGAGGUGCUUCUGUGCACCGAAAUGUUAAUAUCUUGUGUAAACCAAGACUGCAUGAACCAGAGCUUUUUCUUUGUAUACUAACAUUCAUAAUUCCAACAUCAGAGUGUAGCGGUAAAUAUUCAGCAGCACCUAGUAGUUAGAGUACGUGGAUUAAAUCAACAUGUUUCCACUGAGGUCACACGCACACUCAUGAACACUACUGUAGCUGAAACACAUUUGACUUAACUGACUCUGUUUCACUAUGCUGCUGACUUCUUGCUGAUCACAUUGGACCCAUUAGAGUUGGUUACCACAAAUCAAGUCAAGAUGACCAUUUUUCUGACACAAUUACAGGGGAUUUCCAGUGUUAUUGUCCUCUUCUACAGCAUAAAUUAAGUUUAAAUCUCUGCUGUUUCAAAGCUUUCAUGUUGCUCAAUAAAACGAUAAGCAAACGCCA